AAGGUUUGUUGACGGUGUCGCCUAUGGUGUAGCCCACUGCCUGUAGCUACGGCCGCUUUCCUUUCUCUGGUGUAGCCUACUGAAACAUUGGAAUGCCGUUCAUCUUCUCUUCAACAAAAUAUUAGGCCUACAGAAAGUCAGACGGCCAUUUCGUCGGUAGGCUAAAUAAAUGUACGAGGAGAGCACGAACUAAAGUCAGUAGGUCUAUAGUGUAAACAUGGAAAGCUACUGAAAGAAGAGUCUCUACUAAGAUCAUGGUAACACUUUAAGUUCUCUGUGUUAAACACAAGCAGUUUCAAGGUGUGUAGAACACAACUAAGAUGCCCUCUGCAGAAGUCAACUCUCCACUCCAGCUGAUGAGGAGCGUCAAAGAAGAGACAGAGGAGUUCAGCUUAGCUGACUCUCCAUCCCAGCUGAACAUAAAAGAAGAGAGAGAAGAGUUCCCUGGUUCUCAAGAACAGCUGAACAUAAAAGAAGAGAGAGAAGAGUUCCCUGGUUCUCAAGAACAGCUGGAGAUAAAAGAAGAGAGAGAAGAGUUCCCUGGUUCUCCAGAACAGCUGAACAUAAAAGGAGAAGAGAGAGAAGAGUUCCCUGGUUCUCCAGAACAGCUGGAGAUAAAAGAAGAGAGAGAAGAGUUCCCUGGUUCUCCAUCCCAGCUGAACAUAAAAGGAGAAGAGAGAGAAGAGUUCCCUGCGUCUCCAUCCCAGCUGAACAUAAAAGGAGAAGAGAGAGAAGAGUUCCCUGGUUCUCCAGAACAGCUGAACGUGAAAGAAGAAACAGAGCAGUUCCCUGGUUCUCCACCUCAGCUGAGGAGCGUAAAAGAGGACAGCGAGGAGACCCUGCGUUCUCUGUACAGUCUGAGGAGCUUAUCUGUAGUGCUGGUGGACUGCUGUAGACCACAAGGACGGCAGGAGAACAAUGAAGAGAACCACAGAGAUGCCGAGGCAACCAAGAGAUCUGGGCAUCAGCUACACUGCAGUUCCAGUGGAGAGGAGUUUCGUGGAAAAACACAUUCUGCUGCCCUGACUACAGAGAGGCCGUACGUCUGCAGUCAGUGUGACAAGAGCUUUAAGACAAAACAGGAGCACCAACGCCAUCAGCGUGUUCACACUGGGGAGAAACCAUUUUCAUGCACUGACUGUGGAAAGAGUUUCACACAGUAUUCUAGUCUCCAAACACAUCGCCGUAUUCACACUGGACAUAGGCCGUACGCUUGCAGUCAGUGUGGCAAGAGCUUUAAGACAAAAUCAGAGCUCCAACUCCACCAACGUGUUCAUACAGGGGAGAAACCAUUUUCAUGCACAGGCUGUGGAAAGAGUUUCUCGCGGUCUUCUAACCUCCACGCACAUCAUCGCAUUCACACUGGAGAGAGGCCGUAUGCUUGCAGUCAGUGUGACAAGAGUUUCUCAUGGUCUUAUUACCUUAAGAAACACUUGUUGUCACACUUGAGAGAGUAAAUCUUUGCACCAAUCAAGACUGCUCUCUGUAAGCCCCAACAUCAAACCCUGGUUAACCAGAGAUGUCCAGCAACUCCUCAAUAAGAAAAAGAAGCUUUUUAAGGAGGGCAACUUGACAGAGCUGAGGAGUGUACAGUGAGAACUCAAAAGCAGACUGAAGGAGGCCAAGGUGGCAUACAGGAAGAAAGUUGAAACAACUAGAAGCACUCAGAGAGCGCAGACCUCCGCCAAGGAAGCUGCGUGAUAGUACAUUUGACUAUCUUACACUAUGGCUAUGCCUCAAAUGACGCACUUUUGUCUGACAGUCAGUGCACACAGUGCAUAGUGCUGAAAUCUUUCCAUGACACUAUGCACUGUGCCCUCUCUGGAAGUGACGGUUGAGCAUGGCAUUAGCUUGCUAAAAUAUGAGUUGGCUACUGUUUACAAUGCACAGCGUCUGGUGCUUGUGUUUUUAUGUCCUUCACCCCAAAGGACAACAAUCACACAUACAAUACUUUAAUUAGCAUGAAAUCGAAUCGUGAAUGGAGUUUUUUUAUGAAAAAAAAAUCUAGAUUUCAUUUUGAGGGUGAAUUGCCCAGCCCUACGUUAUACAUUAAUGUUGUAUGUGGGCCAACUGUAAUACACAUUUGAAAUGAUCUGGUGGGCCGAAUGAAAUGUCUUCGUGGGCCAAAUUUGGGGUGGGCUGGUGGUGAAGGUUACACAUGUCAAUUAUUCCAAGAGUGUGUAUGUACUGUAUGUGUGUGUAGGGACAUUCAAACGUAUCAGCAAUGCAGAUAUACACAGUAAUGGAACAGAGCUAUGCACAGCCAACUACAACAGUAAAAGCCUAAGCUAAGUAAAAACUAGAGAUGUACCAGAUCCUGAUUUUCAGGAUCCUACCGGAUACCGGAUCCACUGCUUAAGAUCCUGCCGGACCCUGUGAAAAACCCUAUUAUCCUGCCAGAUCCUGAACAGGAUCUUGGAUCCGGUGCAUCUCUAGUUUUAACAACAAAUGUAUUUUAAAGAAUAAAUGGAAGACUUUUAACAAUAAAAGUACUUACAAGAACAAACAAAGGUAUUUUAAGCAACAUUGGUAUUUUUUCACAUUCUCCUCUUUCUGUAUUGUCUCUGGUGGUAGAGGUUUAUAUUGCUAUUGACUUUAAAAAAGAGCGUUUUGUAGGCUAUGUGUUAAUGUAUGGGCAUCAUAACAGCAUUAGAAUAACAAUAUAACAGCACAGCAGGAUACAGUCAUGGUAGGCUACAGGUCAUGUCAUAUAGAGGUUUAUAUUGUGAUUGUUUUCCAAGCCUGAGCCUUUUCUAUGCUAUGCCUUAUUGCAUUAGAAGCACCAUAACAGCAUGCACAGCAGGAUACAGACAUGAUGUCAGGCAUCACAGGGUUUUAUUGUUGUGAAUUUCUUUGAAGAAAUGACCAAGACAAGAAAUGCAGUGAACAAUUCUUUCUUAACUUCACUGUCAAAUCCCUAACUGCGUUCCAAUAUGCAACCUUGCGUCCUCCACUUGUGCUUGUAGCCUCGUACCAGGAAGUAAUAUGUCACAACGACAUCACUGACAACAGCAUUAUAUUUCAAUAUCUUGCAAAUGCUCAAUUGUAAAGUAAUUUUCUCAUUUGCAAACUGGAUGGUGAUAUAGAAUAGUCCCCCAGAAUAGUUUUGGCUAGGCUGACAGCGGGGAAACUUUAUUGUUUUCUCAAUCUCCACGGACGAGGGGCUAGAAGACGGGACCACAAACACAAGUGGAGGACGCAAGGUUGUAUAUUGGAAUGCAAAUCCUAUUACAGGAUUCUGCUCCUUCUGGCUUCUUCCUCUAUCCCCCCUCCGCUUCCCACCUUUCUAACUUACCCCCAAACAGUAAGUAGGGCUCCCCCUUGUGGGGUGAAUUAGCAUUGAAGAUAGCACAGUGAAUCAUGAACAUUACAAUUGCUUUAAAAUAAGCCUGCACCUUUUCUACUUUAUAGCUGCAUCAUACCAGCAUGGUGUAAGGUGCUUCAACUUCAAUAGCUGAACAUCAUAACAUGCAGCCUAAUUUGUGUUGCGGUGGAUGUCUACUGUCUAUUGCCAUUGCUUUCUAAUAAGCAGAUGACUUUACAGUACUUAACAUGAUGGAGUGGCUUUUUUUAAAAACAUACAUGUUGUUGUUGUUGUUGUUUGUUGUCAGGGAAGCCGACAAGAGGGGACAAAGGGAUCAGUUGUCCCGGGCCCAGGGACAUGGUGGGGCCCAUAACGGGGACAU